AUGCCAAGAAUACUGAACCCCAUGAUCGAGCGUGCAAAUGUGAAGAUGGCUGAAGACAGCCUGACAACAGAUUCCUCUCUCCUCUUGAAAGACAGGGAAAAGAUCUCCAUUGUCAUUGGUGUAAAGUUUCCACCUAUGGAGAGAGGACACAGCCUUGCUGGUGUGAAAUUUUGCAGGGAUCACUUUGCCAGCAGUGCUCUAUGCUUCUUAGCAACCAGUCCUAUCCACCGAUAUGUUAUCACGCAACUCUUCCCACGAUCGCUCCAUGGUCUUGCGGGAGGAGUUUCUAACACAUACGCACAGUUGGGGAUUAGUAUCGGCCUGAAUCUCACGGCUAUCCUUGCCAAUGCUGUUACUAUGAGCUCUACGGAGAACAAGUCAUCCCCUAUAGCCCUUGCAGAGGGUUACAGCGCCGCGUUUUGGGCCUCUUUCGGGGCAACGGUGGCUAUGAUUCUUAUAGCUGUGCUUGGAAUGAGGACGGCGGGCAAAGUCGGGCGGCCGAAGCAUGAUUGA